GUCAAUGCGGAAGUGUGCAGAAUGUUUUCCUUUUUCAUUCAGUGGAUUUUUUUCUGUUCAUCAGGAAGAUCGAGGUCGUGAUGUUCAGGUUAACACUUAGUUAAGGUUACCAGUCUGUUAGUUAAGAUUUAAAGUCUGUUAGUUGAUCUGGUUAGUUAAGAUUUAAAGUCUGUUAGUUGAGUUUAAGUUAAACCCUGUUGGUUAAGGUUACCAGUCUCUUAGUUAAGUUAAGAUUUAAAGUCUGUUAGUUAAGGUGGAGUUAAGGCCUGGUAGUUGAGCUGGUUAGUUAAGGUUAGCAGUGUGUUAGUGAUGGCAGAGAGGAGCAGUGCAGCUCCGGCUGCUCGCACCAUGCUGCAGCAGUGUCUUCAGGCCAGACUCCAGGUGAAACCUGCAGAGGAACAGUCCCACGCUCAGUUUGUCCAGAUCGACAGAGGAAUGGUGAUCUACAUCUGUUUCUUUAAAGGAGCCACAGACGACAUCUUGCCCAAGAUGGUGUCCGCUCUGUUGAACCUGCGGCUGUGCGAGUCCGACUCGGGGAAGAUGGUGUCGGUGCUGGAGCUGCCCGGCAGCCUGCUGAUCGUCCCUCAGGCCACGCUGGGCGGCAAAGCCAAAGGCAGGGCCAUGCAGUACCACAACAACAUCGGCAAAGAGGAGGGGCUGCGGCUGUACGGCGCCUUUGUUUCUCUGUGCGAGAAAGAACUGACGGCUGCUGCUGCUUCAGCUGGAGUGACGGUGAAACACGGGACGUAUGGAAACAGACAAGUGCUGAAGCUGGACACCAAUGGACCGUACACACAUCUGAUGGAGUUCUGAGUUAAAGAUGCACAUUUAAUGCUUUUGUCUGUUUAUUAAAGGAUCAUUCUGGUAUCAGGAACAAUAUUGAACUUUUUCACGACACACCAGUAGAGCUGGAGCUUUUUGUUUAACCCGAAACAGUUGUGAUGUCAUCACCCUGUCUUCCUCUACCUUGGUCUUUUUCUGAGGUUCUUAUGUGAAACUCUUCAUUUCUGUGUCAGACUGUGACAAUCAUCGCUGCAGCCGAUAAUAAUGAUCCUGGAGACUGAUUCAAAAUACGUGUUGGUGACAUUAGUGAUAGAUUGUGUUGCUCUAUGGGUCCUCCGGACCUGCAGGGGGCACUCUGGUCUGGUUCAGGAAAUGGAAAUGAGCAUUUUGAAAGAUUGGGUUACUGCAGCUUUUUACAACCUGCACUUUCUUCAUUUGUCAAGUUAUCAGCAAGUUUCCCUCAUUUUCCUCAAAAUGCUAAAAUAAUAUUGUUUAAAUAAUAAAUGUUUAAAAUUCAACAGGCAACAACAACUAAAACUGAGCAAAUUCAAUCAGAAUAUACACAAAACAAUUCAAAAGUAAAAUGUAUAAACUAAAUGAAAAUGUGAAUGAAAUCUAAUGAGUCUGCCAUGUGGGAACGAAUCCAGUGAUACUGCUGACAACUUCCAGUUUUUAUCCGUUUGAAAGAAUCUAAAUAAAACAAUAGUAUCUUUCAAAAAUAUACUGAAUCUCUGGCUGGUUCUUAGCAAUUUACAGUUGUGUGAAAAAGUGCAAAU